UCUGUCAAGGGACUCGACUCGCCGUCCUUGUCCGCUACGCUCUUUACUACGCAGUUUGGACCGCUGGUUUCCAAAGUAGCUUUGAGACUUUUCGUACUCAAUUUUUGCCCCAACACCUCUCACUUGUCCCAGUCUUCAGAGGCAGCUGCGUCACAGCUUCCAGUCCCGUUUCUUUGCGAAGGGCUGGUGUGUCUUUCAUAGCCAGACCUCGGUCUCCGAAGGGCACUGUCACUCGGCACAAUGCAUCUGACCAUUUUGACUCGAUGCGCUCUGCUCGUGCCCGUUGUCAUCCUCGCGCGUGCUGAACCAGCUCAUCCGUCAACGAUCUCCCACAACUCCAAGACGCUCGACGCCCGCUCGGUACCGGUGGCGGAUCACACUUCCAGGUCAGACUCCGAGCCAACUUCGAUUGCUGGGAAUCUUGAGAUCCGUAAGCAACAGGAGCGAGCCGCCGGAGACUUCGCUUUUACUCCGCCUGUCGGGGGCAGCGAAAAUGGACGCCGGACAAUUGCCCAAUCGAGCUUCGAGGCUCGCACACACGACUUGUCAGCCCGCGCCACGCAACCAGCCGUUGAGUCAGCCAUCGAACGUGACACUUGGUCGCCGCCACUCGAACAAAACGCUCGAGACCAAACAACGAGCCGAGACGUGGAAAAGUUUUCCCUCACAGCACGCGACAAGCCCCCCGAGCAUCCUGUGAACGACCAUAUAGCUGCAUGGGUUGUUCCACCAUCUGUCGGUUCAAACGAGCACCAUCGUCGGUCGGCACGAUCGCAGGAAGAACCCCAUUUCGCCAGCCGCUCGAUAAUUGGCAACGUAUCCCCGCCGCUCAAACACUUUGGCCUGGUGAGACCCAUAGGGACACCCGGAGACGGCGGCGAACACCAUCGUCGUUCCUCUCCAGUCGAAGAAAUGAAUAUCGCUCGCCGUUUCGAGUUCCGCAGGACGCCGCUUCGUUCCAAGAACCUCGACAUAAAGGAGUAUCAACGCAGGUCUCACGCUGGAGUAAGCGCUCUGACUGCCCGUCGUGCAACCACUGGCAAUGUGCAUGGUCCACUCAGACUUUUUGGGAUUGUAAUAACAGGUGGCGGCUGGGAACACCACCGUCGACAGAGUGUCGAUGAUGAGGAGUCGACCAAGACCAGCCGCCGCGAUCUCGAUCCGCUCCCAUCUCAGAAUCUGGGCCAUACUAAACAGAAGCGAGCAGAGAAGCCAAAGACGCGGCCAUCGUGGGGCUGCUGUGGAGCCGCAUACGAGCUGUAUCGUCGCUUGACCUUCAGCACGCUGAUAGAAGUGUCGACGAGUACUGAUGAUUCCAACACCCACAUUACCACCACCUCCUGGACCGUCCUCGCCAAGCGAUCCCCCGCCCCCAAUCCAGGGACGACCGAAAAGGCAGAAGUGCAGCCGCAACCCACCACACCAGCUUCUCAGGACCCCACGGUUGACCCCACAACCAAAGCUUCGCAGACCAAGCCAGGCUCCAAAGCAACAAUACCUGACAAGUCGGACGAAAAGCAGGCCCAGGUUUACGGCAAUCUGAAGUUCCCCUUGGCAAUCUGGGGUGGCGGAGGGGAGGUAGGGCGUCGUUAAGUCCGCACGAAUCGUGUCUGUGCCUUGUCUCGAUGUGGCUCAGCGGCGCAUUUGCCACCAACACUCUCUUUAGAAUCGUUUCCCCCCCUUCCCACCUGAGCAUCUGCC